AUGGAACCGGAGGCCGAGGCACUCUUCAGCGCGAUCGAGACGGCUUUCGGAGCGUCGAGCGCAACGGAGACGGCCGGAGCUUGCGAGGAGGAGCGGGACAGCCAGAAGGAGCGCGAGCACCGCAAGAUCUCUCUCCCUCGACGUUUCCGUAACGUUUGCAUGCACACGCAGAUCCGCCAGCACCGGUCCGCCGGGUCGCAAGUCGACUGGAAGGUCGAGCCGCCGUCGAAAAGCCUCAGUCACGGGUAA